UUUGCGCCUGCGCAGAAGCCGGAGCAUGAAGGUGGCGGUUACUGGCUGCUGUCAUGGCGCUCUGGACAAAAUGUACGCAACCCUGGAGCUCCUGGAGCAGCGCCACGGACAGCCGCUCCCGGACCUGCUCCUCUGCGCCGGAGACUUCCAGGCCGUCCGCAACGCCGCCGACCUCCGCUGCAUGGCGGUCCCAGCCAAGUACCGGCAACUGGGGGGCUUCGCGAAGUAUUAUUCAGGAGAGAAGAAGGCUCCUGUCUUGACCAUCUUCAUUGGGGGCAACCAUGAGGCUUCCAAUCAUUUGCAAGAGUUACCGUACGGUGGAUGGGUGGCACCCAACAUCUACUAUCUAGGUUAUGCUGGUGUAGUAAAGUACAAUGGGGUGAGAAUUGGUGGACUCUCUGGCAUCUUCAAGUCUCAUGAUUACAGAAAAGGUCACUUUGAAUGCCCACCAUACAACCAGCAAACAGUAAGAAGUGUCUACCAUGUGAGAAACAUUGAAGUCUUUAAGCUCAAGCAGCUAAAGCAACCUAUAGACAUAUUUAUGUCCCACGAUUGGCCAAGAAGUAUAUAUCAUUAUGGAAACAAGAACUUGCUACUUAAGAAGAAAUCCUUCUUCCGCCAAGAAGUGGAGAGCAACACUUUGGGGAGCCCUGCUGCCUCAGAACUUUUGGAAUACUUAAAACCCACAUAUUGGUUCUCGGCACAUCUGCAUGUAAAAUUUGCAGCAUUGAUGCAGCAUCAGGCCAAUGGCAGUGGGCAGCAUCCCAAAACAACAAAAUUUCUGGCCCUGGAUAAAUGUCUGCCACACAGAGACUUCAUGCAGAUUGUAGAGAUCCCACAUGACCCAAAUGCAUCAAACCACCUGGAAUAUGAUCCUGAAUGGAUUGCUGUUCUGAAGGCUACUAACAGUCUCAUCAAUGUAUCUGCGAAUUCCUGGAAUAUGCCUGAAAACAAUGGACUUCAUGCAAAAUGGGACUACAGUGUUUCAGAAGAAGACAUCAAGGAAGUUUUGGAAGAAGCAAACCAUGAUCUUCAGGUUCCACAUAACUUCAGUGCUACAGUUGCUUGUUAUGAUGGAAAUAUGUCCCAGCAGAACACAGAACCAAUUCAUAGAAUCAAUCCCCAGACCACAGAGUUCUGUGCUCGAUUUGGUCUUACAGAUAUUAAUGAUAAAAUCCAGCAGCUGAAAGAAGACAUACUGGAACACAAAGAUAAUGAUGAUGAUGAAGAAGAUGUGGAUAGUAUUGGGUCAACAGAAGAGCCUAGUGACUAUAGUACAGAUACUUCUGCUUUGUCAUCUUCCGUCAACCCUGAUGAAAUAAUAUUAGAUGAAGACAGUGCUGACGAAGAUCCUGAGACCCCAUUGGACCCAUCACAUGAGUACUCUUCUAGCAUUUCUGCAGCAUUUUCUGAUGUCAGGAUCUUGCCAGAUUCUAUGACUGUGUCACCAAAUGAUACUGCGGACUCUGUGGAUGCUGAACUGGAGAAAUCAAAUGAAAAAAACCAGUUGGAAGAACAAAGUCUUAGUGAGAACUUAUUGAAGAGGAUAAGUGGUGAAAAAGAAGAAGGGAAAAGUGGUCCAAAGAGAAUUAAAAGGCGAAAUCAGGCUAUCUAUGCUUCCAAAGAUGAAGAUGAGGUGGAAUGAUGUUCACUCAGAACUAAGAGUAAAUCUUUUAUUGCUAUGGUUCUCUAAAAUAAAUAAAUCCUCUGGAGAACUUUUUUUAAAAAUUGCAGCA